AAAUUAAUAAAGUGUUCAGGAGGGAAUUUUAUUAGCCUAAGCUUGUACUCAAAUACUUAUAAUUAAUUUAAUGGAUAUAUUUUUAUCUAAGUUGAAUUGGUUGAUCCAUAUAAAGAAGCUCUUUGUGAAGGAAAGCGUGUUAGACAUUUAAGAUUUGAUCAGUUCUUUAAAGGAUGAGAUUAUUACAGAAUAAGUUAAUCCUCAAGAUGAAUUAUUUUCAUUAGAAGAAGUUAUUGAAGAAGUUUAUAAAUAUAAGAAAAUUAGAUUAACAUACGAUGACUUCUUUUAAAUUAUUGGUAAUCUUCAUUAAUAGGAUCCACAAUUGUCAACUUGUGUGAAUUCUUUAACAGAUUCUAUUAAUGAUCUGACAUUGAAUGAUGCCAAAGUCAAAUAAGAAAUCAGAGUAUCAUAUCAUGACCCAACAAAAUUAAUUAAGACCCAACAAAGUUGCAAAGCAUCUAAGAUUUCUAAAAGUCCAAGAAUGAGGAUUGAGAAUUUACAAGAAGCAUAAAAGAAGAUUCUCGCUAAAAUAACUCAUAUAGAAAAUGAGAUAGAGUAUUAGAAGUAGUAGCAUCAAUUAAAGAAGACACAUUUUUAAUAAAUUAAGGAAUUAACAAAAUAACUCCAAUAAAAUGAAUAGGAGAUAAUUUUAAAUGGGAUAGGCUCCUUUACACUUUCAGACUUUUAUUUAGUUUUCCAUAAUUUAAAUAAAGCGAUAUUUAAUGUCUAAACACUUAUUUUUAAUGAUAGGUGUUCAGAAAUUCGAGAAGUAACCAUGAUAUUUAAGAACCUAUAAUUUUUGAGCAUAAAUUCCUUGUGUAUUAAAGAACUAAAGUUAGAGGAGUUGACAGCUCUAAAAGUUUUAUCUGUAGCGGGAAAUAAUUUAAAGUCUUUGGAAGGAUUGCCACCAAAUUUAGUUGAACUGUAUGCUCAACACAACUAAAUUUCCUAGUUAAGCAAUACGAAAUGUUUAAAGAUAUUAAAUAUCAGUUAAAACUGCAUAUCAUCUUUGCAAUAAUUGCUACACAUUAAUAAAUCAUUAGAAUUUAUCAAUUGUCAUUAAAAUUAAUGUGCGUUAUCUAAGGAUUACAAAAGAUUGCUUUUUAAAAUAUUCCCAAAUUUAAAGGGAGUAGAUAAGGAUGAUUUAUUACAGCAUUCAAUAAUUUAGUAGAACAAUUUUCAUUAUAAGAAGGAAUAAAUGGACUUUUCUUUUAGUUAAUCAUGA